UCUUCCUCUGGAUAUUGUGUAACCUUUCUUCUUCUUGUCUUUUCUUCAUCCCUCUUACAAUAAUAUAUCUUGUUUAAUUUUCCUCCCUUUCUGCUCCUCCAAACCCCUCUUCCCCUAGCUAGCUCAAAUCCAAUGGGAGAUCACCCACGUUCUCAACCAUUGGAUUUGCACCACCUCUUUAAGAUUAAAAAUAAAUCCUUGAAAGACGUUAGCAAGGCUUACAAAUCGCUUGUAUCCAAAAGACACCACCAUGACAAGAAAAACCCCGAGGAGCCAAUAACACCCCCAAGGUUUGAGGAAAAUGAUAAUAAAAGAGUGGAUGAAGACAUUUGGAGUCCUAAAUUUUUGUCAAGGGCUGCAAGUAGAAGAUCUAAAACACCAACACUAAAAUCAAGGCCUAUGUCAAGGCAUGGAAGCAGGCGAUGCACAACACCAACCUCUCUAUCAAGAAGUUCUUCUAGUUCUGGUCGAAGGAGUGCCACCGAAAUUGCUGCAUCAUCUCUCAAAAGGAUUAUGAGCAGAAGGGGUUCCCCGGCUUCUUUGUCAAGUAAGUUGAACAUCUCUGAACCUAAGUUAACCAACCAUGUAGCGUCUCCAACAAAAGAUGCAGAUGCAUGCUUAAAGACCACCCGAAAGCCUGAAUACAUCCCUGCAGUCUCUCUGUCAAGCAAUCUGAGUUGUAGGUUAACAACACCUAUCAUAUUUUCACAGACAACAGCUAGAAGGAAACCCCCAGAAGUUGAGAGAAAGCUGCAUUGCACGCUCGAGAAUUUAUGCUUUGGAUGCAUAAAAAAGAUUAAAGUUACUAGAGAUGUCAUCAAAUAUCCCGGGGUAAUUAUCCAAGAAGAGGAGAUUUUGAAAAUUGAGGUGAAGCCGGGAUGGAGAAAAGGAACAAAGAUUACAUUUGAAGGAGUAGGUGAUGAGAAACCUGGAUACCUCCCUUCUGAUAUAGUAUUCUUGAUUGAUGAAAAAAAGCACCCUUUGUUUAGGAGAGAAGGCAAUGAUUUGGAAAUAUGUGUUGAGAUUCCUCUAGUAGAUGCACUAACAGGCUGCUUCAUAUCAAUCCCUCUAUUAGGAGGGGAGAAUAUGGGUUUGUCAUUCGAGAAUAAUGUCAUAUACCCAGGAUAUGAGAAGGUUAUCAAAGGUCAAGGAAUGCCAAACCCCAAAAAUAACGGGAUAAGAGGUGAUCUUCAUGUCAAAUUCUUCAUUGAAUUCCCCACAGAAUUAAGUGAAGAACAACGGAAAGAAGCUGCUAGUAUCCUGCAAGAUUGUUGCUAAUGACCAUAGUUGUAUGCAGAUGCACAAAUUUGCCAAGACAGAGGACAAAGAGGUAUUUUAUUAUCAGUUAAAAAAAAAUUUGAUAUCAUGCAUGCAUAGUCAGUCCUAUCCAGCCCAACAUCACCAAUAGUACUGAAGCACAACAAUAAUGGAUGCAUUUCGUGCCGCGAGAAUGGAUUUCGUGCACUUGAGCUUCCAUAUGGGGGAGGUCAGGGCUGUUGAAAAAGAAAGGGAACUUCCAUCAGUGCUCCCUUGAUGUUGUCUUUGACAAAUGGAAGAUCUUUGGAUUGCUUUCUUCCAGACCGAAUAUGUAUCUUGUCAACUUGCCUAGCUACAAGCACAGUUUGCACCAUUCAAGGCCAAAGCCGGGAUACAGAAUGCAACAUCUACAUUAUUAUCACUAGGUUACCGACUCGUAGGAGUACAUAACUGUUACUUGACCAAAUAUUUGAGAUCAGUGUCUCCAAAGAUAUAAUUUAUGUAUCUAUCUAUAACAAUAGUCAUCAAAUGUAACAACUUUUCACCAGGUCUCUGUUACUUCAGCUUCUGCUAUA